UUUUUUUUCCUUCCACGCCAGACUUUUUUUCUUUUAUUUUCGGAGAAAAGCAUGGCAUUAUCGUUGGUCGUCUUUUGAAACAAAAAAUAAUCCGACUGGGGAUAAAAUUUCGAGCGACGAGUGGCCUCGGACCUGACAAAAAGAGUUUCCCGCUCGGGUCGGAAAGAAGAAAAAAACAAACGAAAACAAAACAAAAAUUAUGAUGGGUGUCGCGCGUCGCGCUGUCGUUUGAAGAGACCAUGCAUUGCGUGAGAUCAAAUUCGCACACGGUGUACGGACCCGGGUGAUAUCGGUUUACCUUAGUUUUUUCCUUAUACAACCCCCCAUCAAACCCCAAAACUUACAAACGCUGAAAAGAAGGAAAGAGGAAGAGAACGAGAGGGAAAAGCGCGACGGAAUCGAUGGCACUGCUCAUGGAAAUGGAGCUGCCUUUGGGCACGUCGUACGAUGGGGUGCCAAGCCCCGUCGGCGGCGGCGGUGGUGGUGGUCCCGUUGGUGGUACCACUGCCCAACAACAGCAGCAACAACAACAGCAACAGUUGUUCGCGUCGACGCAGGGCGAGACUUCGUUGGUGGAUCGUUUGAAUGCCUAUGCUGGACUAGAGCUUGACGCGGAUUACGGAUCCGCUCAUCACCAGGCCACGAAUAACGCCAAUGGGCAACAACAGGCCGGGUAUUCCGGCGCCCUCGCGGCGGCCUUUGGCAAUUCCAGCGGCAAUCUCAUCUUCGGCACGACGAUCGGCUCGUCUGUUGAUAGCUGCUUGUUUUCGCUAGGCUCGUCGUCGUCGGGUGCGUCGGUGGAUUACUCGACGGGCUUUUCGACGGCUGCGGCGGCGGCUGCGGCGGCAGCAGCAGCAGCCGCCGUGUCCGGCCGAGGGGAUUUGCCGGACACGAAGGAGGGAUUUAUGGAGGAGGCGUGUCCCGUGUGCGGGGACAAGGUGUCUGGGUACCACUAUGGCCUGCUGACGUGCGAGUCGUGCAAGGGGUUUUUCAAGCGGACUGUGCAGAACAAGAAAGUGUACACGUGCGUCGCGGACCGGAGUUGCCAGAUUGACAAGACGCAGCGGAAGCGGUGUCCGUAUUGUCGCUUUCAAAAGUGCCUCGAAGUCGGCAUGAAACUCGAAGGAGAAAUUUCCGUCCCAGUGGUCGAUUUUGCGUAA